UGCUGACUCGACAUCCUGGCUGCACAGAUUUUCUGCUGGAGCUGCAGAUUGUUCCCCGUUUCCUGGGAGUGUGCUCAGGCUCUCUCUAGCACGCUGCUUUGGGAUUAUUUCUCGUCACAGUUCUCAGGGAUCCGGUGUCUCAUGUCAGAUCCUUUGUGGCUACUUUGUGCUGUCUCGUGGGGUUUGGUGGCUCUUUGGGGCUGGCAGUGAUGGGUUGGGUGAUGCCAGCAGGAGCCCGGCAUGCCGUACCUGGACCGGCAGAACCGUAUCUGCGGCUUCCUGGACAUCGAGGAAAAUGAGACCUGUGGCAAGUUCCUGCGGAGGUAUUUCAUCCUGGACACCCAGGCCAACCACCUGCUGUGGUACAUGGACAAUCCUCAGAACCUGGCCAUUGGAGCAGGUGCUGUGGGAUCUCUGCAGCUGACCUACAUCUCGAAGGUUAGCAUUGCCACCCCCAAGCAGAAGCCUAAAACUCCGUUCUGCUUUGUUAUCAACGCUCUGUCCCAGCGCUACUUCUUGCAAGCCAGUGACCAAAAGGACCUGCAGGACUGGGUGGAGGCACUGAACAGGGCCAGUAAGAUCACGGUGCCAAAGGGUGGCAGCGUCCCACCGGCCACGGAAAUCACGAAGCCUCCGGUGGUGGCCCAGGCCCAGGAGAGGAAGCCCCAGGUGGCCUACAAGACCGAGAUUGUUGGGGGGGUGGUGGUCCACACACCCAUCUCCAUCAACCAGGACGCUGGGGAGGGCAGUGAGGUGGCUGCACACCCUCUGCUGCGGCGCUCGCAGAGCUACAUCCCCCCCUCGGCCACCAAGCCCCCCACAGGGCCCCCCGUGCUCAAGAGUGGCUUCUGUGUCAAGCAGGGGAACGUGAGGAAGAGCUGGAAGCGGCGGUUCUUCGUCCUGGAUGAGUUUUCCAUCAGUUACUACAAGUGUGAGCAGGACAAGGAGCCUCUGCGUUCCAUUCUCCUGAAAGAUGUUUGCAAGACCCACGAGUGCCUGGUCAAGUCUGGUGACCUCCUGAUGCGAGACAACCUCUUUGAAAUCAUAACAAGCUCCAGGACCUUCUACAUCCAGGCAGACAGCCCCGAGGACAUGCACAGCUGGAUCCGGGCCAUCACAGGGGCAGUCCAGGCCCUGAAAACGCGCCCCAGGGAGAUGUCCUUUGUGCGAUCCAGCUGCGUGGCCCGGCCCGGGGGCUCCUCGGUGCCGUCGCAGCCGCGGCCGGCGUUGGAGGAGCGGCGAGCGUCGGGCAGGGCGCCCUGCGCGUCCUCCUGGCAGCCCUGGACGCCGGUGCCGCGGGCAGAGGGGCAGCUGGGGGAGCUGCCAGCCCCGCUCGGGGACCCGCUGGCCGUGGCCCGGGAGCGCCAGGGCAGAGCCGUGCCCGGCACCCGCCUGCGGCACCGCUCGGAGCCGCAGCAGCUGCAGGAGAAGCCGUUCUCCUUCGACCUGGACGAUGAAAGCAUCCGCACCUCGGACGUGUGA